UAACCACAGGCUUGUUUUGCUUCUUCGACUUCGACGGAGCGUGCUACGAGUGCGACGGCGAUGGUGGCGGCGGAGGCGGCGCUGCUGCGCGAGAAGGCGAGCUUGCUGCGCAACUCGAUGUGCAGGAGCGAGGCUGUGCGCGACGGCUCGGCCGCCGCGGUCGCCUCCAUCGGCCGCCGCAUGGCCGCCGUCGACGAGGCCGUGCGCCCCGCCCAGGCGAGGACGUGGAGCGCGCACAGGGCCCACGACAACGUCGCCAGGAGCCUCCGCGCCGUGGAGGCCGUCGUGCGGCACCUCGACGGCGUGCGCGAGGCAGAGGCGGUGAUACUGGAAAGUCCGAGCAAGAGUGUUACUGCAUAUCUCGAGGCGGUUGAUAAGUUAAAAAGCGCCGAGGAUUUCUUCACUUCCAAAAGAAUCGGUAAAGCCGGUGACGACGCGCUCAAACGUGUUGAUGAAUUGCUUCACAAGGCAGCAGCCGAGUUGGAGAAUGAAUUCAGUAGGGUGCUAUCAGAAUGCAGCAAACCGGUAGAGCUUGAGCAUCUUCUCAGCUGUCUUCCAAGCCGUUCAUCAGCGAAAGAUUCUGCUGAAAGCCAGCCAAAUCCGGGUGCGGUGCGCUCUCUUCCUACGCUCGUUGAUCCGCGCUACGUGCCUCGACUCUCAAAGUUAGCUCAGAAAUCAGUCGAACUUGGUUGCCAUCAACAGUUUGUGAAAAUAUACAGAGAUAUUCGGAGUUCAACUUUGGAACUGACCCUUAAGCAAUUGGGAGUUGAAUAUGUUCAGGCAGAAGAAGUACAGGCUGCGCAGGCUGAGAGCCUGAAUGCUAAAAUUGCUCAUUGGAUCCAAUGUUUGCAGAUUGCGGUAAAGUUGCUUUUUCCUAGUGAACGUGCACUGUGUGAUCAAAUUUUUCAAGGGAAGCAUGCAUGGAAAGACCAUUGCUUUGCUGCAGCAACAUCCAAAACCCUCUUGAAUCUACUCAGUUUUGGACAAGCUAUUACUGAAUCCAAGACAUCACCAGACAAAGUAUUUUUGCUGCUAGAUAUGUUUGACGCAACAUUGAAACUUCAAUCUGAGGUUGAAACAAUCUUUGUGGGAGAUGAAUGUGCUGAAAACCGGAAGUCUGCAAUUACUUUAGUCAAAUGUUUAGCACAAGCAGCAAAGAAGACUCUCAUUGACUUCAAAGACAGCAUUGUGAAGGAGUCGCCUAAGAAUACGACAGCUGAUGGAGAUGUGCAUCCUCUUACCAGCUAUGUUGGAAACUAUAUCAAGUUCCUUUUUGACUAUCAUUCAUCGCUACAGCUGAUCUUUCAAGAAUCCAGCAAUGGAGACGGAACAAAGUCUGGUCUGGUCUCUGAAAUCACUGGCCUUAUACAUGCUGUAGAGACCAACCUAGAUGUAAAAGCAAAGCUAUACAAGGAUCAUGCCCUUGGAAUUCUGUUCUUAAUGAAUAACAUUAACUAUAUCGUCAGAUCUAUCCGCAGUUCAGAAGUCAAGGAUUUAGUUGGUGAUGAUUGGGUUCAAAGACGUCGAAGGACUGUGCAGCAACAUGCUACUCAGUACAAAAGAGCUGCUUGGGGAAAGGUAUUGGAGUGUCUCUCAGCUCAAGGUUUAACUUCAUCAGUAGGUUCAGCCAUAGAAGGUAUUGCAGGAAGUGUUGGAAGUAUUGGAUCUCACAGCGGUACAACUUCCACAUCUGUGAUCAAGGCGAGAUUCAAGUCUUUCAACAAGCAAUUUGAAGAGGUUUGUCAGACUCAGAUGAACUGGGCUAUUCCCGACAAGGAGUUACGUGAUAACCUUAUCCUUGCAGUUGCUGAAAUUCUGUUACCUGCUUAUAGAUCUUUUCUGAAACGCUUUGGGCCUCUUGUUGAGAACAGCCAUCAUGCUUCGAAAUAUAUGAAGUACACUCCAGAAGCACUUGAGCAAGCACUUGGUAAUCUAUUUGCAAAGAAGUUACCACAAUAGGUGAACUGGGACACUGAUUGCACCAUGCAUUAUAUUUAACAGAAUCUUCAUUCAAAUAGGAACUAGGGGGAUGUUGUCUGUGGACUCGGUCGAUCAGGAAGUCAUUUUCUGUGCUGUUGAGUUGAGCAGGUCAUCAACCUAUCGAAGCCAACCAAAUCUCAAUCCAGCGUUAUCGCAAGGCUUGCUGUGCUCCAGCAAUCGUGUUACGGGAAGCGUCACAUAUAAAUCUGCAUUCAAUUCUGGAUCUAGACGUUGACAGCAGAGCUAUCAAAAUCAGUGUGUGGGUCUAGCUACGCACGAUGUUUUUGGUUAUACUCAGAAAGUAGAUAUAUCAGAUAGGGAUUUGCUGGAAAAAGGGUGAUAGAUAUCUCACUGGUCGUUUCGUGGUAACAUCGCCGCAGCUAAUCAUGGACUAGGUCUCAGAGCUAUCAUGGUGUCAUGGGUGGAAUCUAAACAAAGUUUUGCUUUUUCUGUUUUCUUGCCAUGGUAGAACCUGUUUUUAUUCUUUGGGAGAAUAUUGUCUCCUCCUGUUAAAUAAACUCGGUGUCGGUUGCUAGUCUCGGUAUAAACCGGGUGGCGAACAGGCGUAAUCUUCCUGCCUACAGCUUCACACCAUGCUUAAUCUUACUAUCAGAAGUUAAUAGCA